CCUGCGGCACACGGCGACGGAGGUGAGCUGUGCUCUUGGCUCCGCUUCCUUACGCUAGGGAAGGGCGGUGCUGGGAGAUCUGACCGAUAGUGCGCGGUUAAAUACAGAGACCAACAGAUCAAAGCGGCUUAGUCACAACAGAGCAUCAUCAAGUGCAGCUUCCAGCGACGACCUGCCCGUCAAUACGCACGCUGCUAACAUGGCAAACGCAUACCUGCAGGGAGUUGAGAUCUCCGCUUCACAGUUCCUGGAUAUCUUUCAUCAUUAUGACAACGACGGUAAUGGAUAUAUCGAAGGAAAGGAGUUGCAGAACUUUAUUAAAGAACUUCAGCAAGCCCGGAAACAAGCGGGACUCGAGUUAACAGACCAGAUGAAGGCUUUUGUGGAGGAGUAUGAGAAAAACACUGAUGGAAAAAUUGGGAUUGUUGAGCUAGUGCAAAUAUUGCCUACAGAGGAAAACUUCUUACUAUUUUUCCGGCAACAGCUGAGGUCCUGCGCAGAAUUCAUGCAGGCCUGGAGGAAUUACGACGCCGACCACAGUGGCUACAUCGAGGCUGAUGAACUCAAGAGCUUCUUAAAAGAUCUGCUUCAGAGAGCUAAGAAACCCUACGAUGAGAAGAAGCUGGACGAGUACACACUAACCACGCUGAAAAUAUUUGAUUCCAACAACGAUGGGAAGUUAUGUCUUGCUGAGAUGGCAAGACUCCUGCCAGAUCAGGAGAACUUCUUACUCAAGUUUCAGGGUGUGAAGAUGGACAGAAAAGAGUUCAACAAGAUAUUUGAGUUAUACGAUAAGGACAGAAAUGGCUACAUGGAUGAAAAUGAGCUUGACGCACUGCUGAAAGACCUGUGUGAAAAAAAUAAAAGGGUGCUCGAAGUCAGCAAAAUCCCCACAUAUAAGAUUGCCAUCAUGGCCCUGUCCGAUGGAGGCAAGCUGUACAGAGCGGAGUUGGCGCUUGUCCUGUGCGCUGACGAGGUCUGAGACAGACACCUACCCCCCCAUCCACCCCCUUCUUCCCUUGUGCCCCCCUCUCCACAGCAAUCUCUCCCUCCACCAUCUGCAGACCCCCCAUUCCAACCUCCCCGUUCCAAACGAACAGCCCCUUCCGCUCACUCGUGACGUGCGUGCCAGUAGCUAUAGCUCUAGGGUGUUAUUUAUUUAUUUAUGUUGUCUUUAUUUACAGGAAAACCAAUGUAAAUUUUACUGACGCGAAGUGUACUGUACGUAGAGAGGCAUCUGAUCAAAGACUGGUAGCAAAACUUUUCAACCUGUCGUUUCUAUACUGUUUGUACAGCUUUUUGUAAUGAUGAGAUUGAUGCAUUAAUCAAGGACAUGCACCCUACAUAGCCACCCUGUAUAUGCCACGAUAUGGUGUCACGGCACCCUGCCGAGAUCCGCAACAAACCAACCACCAAGCAAAAUAAUGAUAACGAUUACAGUAACAUUAUACUAACGUUCCUCGUUGCUAAUAACGUUCCUCUGUAGCCAAAGCAAUAACGUGUAACUGAGGGGAUGAGCUCUGAAUGAACCUGUCAAGAACUAAAUCUGCUGGAUUCUUUAAGACAAGUUAAUUAGUUUUCUUUUGCAGUGCAUGAUGGUUGCUGCUGUUACAAAGUCCAUUAAGGUACUGGUGAAACUACAGUAUAAGCUCAUGUCUACGAAACGCAUUUGCCCCCUUUUGAUCUGUUAGCCAAACAAUGUCAGAUCAAACUUUUUUGCACUGUAAAGAAUGACAUGCUCCACUAUGCUAAACACCUGACACACUGUGUAAGAGGUCAUUAAACGAAAUUGAAACACUACCUAAAGGGGAAAAAAAAAAAAAAACAGCGGUGUGUAGUCGUGUGUUUCCGUCUCCAUCCCACCUUACAAGUUCACAACACAAUUAAAUGCAUUCUAUGAACACCCUGACUUGUGCUUAAUGUUUUUGGGUAACUCUCACAACUCGCCCCAGUUCCCCACUAUGACAGCAGCACAUCUUUCGGAAGAUCACCACACACCCCACAUAGCUAUGACUGAUGGCACAAAAGAAAGCAUUAUGAAACAUCCCUCGAGUUCAAAUAAAGCCAUUUCAAAACUGUG